UGAGCAUGGUGAUGCUGGUACUGGCUGUUCUUAUGGGUGUAUCGGUGUUGGGCGCGGGGGGUGAGGGAAAGUUCCCCCCGUGGUUCCGGUUCGGCGCCGCCACCUCCGCGCACCAGAUCGAGGGCGCCUGGAAUAUUAGCGGUAAGACGCCGAGCAUGUGGGAUACGUUCGUGCACGCCAGCCGCACUAUCAACGGCGACGGCGACGUAGCCUGCGACAGCUACCACCUGUGGCGCCAGGAUGUGCAGGUGGCCCGGGACUUGGGCCUGGACUACUACAGGUUCUCUCUCUCGUGGACCCGGCUGCUGCCGUCGGGAUACCCGGACGCGGUGAACCCGGCCGGCGUGCGCUACUACAGUGAGCUGAUAGACGCGCUGCUGGCGCACGGCAUCCAGCCCGCCGUCACGCUCUACCACUGGGACCUGCCGCAGUCGCUCAUAGAUUUGGGCGGGUGGACGAACCCGCUGAUCGUGGAGUGGUUCGCGGACUACGCGCGCGUGGCGUUCGCGCUGUUCGGCGCGCGCGUGCGCACGUGGCUGACGCUGAACGAGCCGAUGAUAUUCUGCGAGCUGUCGUACGCGGCGGGCGUGCACGCGCCGGCCGUGCGCUCCCCGGGCCGCGGCGACUACCUGUGCGCGCGCCAUGCCAUGCUGGCGCACGCGCGCGCCUGGCGGAUAUACGAUGAGGAGUUCAGGCAUCUCUACAAUGGUAGAGUAUCGUUAACAAACCAGAUAAUCUGGAUCCAGGCGGAGGACCCCGCUGACGAGGAGCUUGCGGAGAUGGCGCGACAGGCCGACGCAGGCAUCUACUCGCACCCCAUCUUUUCCGCGGCGGGAGGCUGGCCGCCCGCCCUCGAGAAGCACCUGGAGGCCGCCCGCAACAGGACCGGCUACCCGCCCACCGUGCUGCCCAAGUUCACUAAACAGGAAAUUAAGUUUAUAAGAGGCACGUUCGACUUUUACGGUGUGAACUACUACACGUCGCGGUACGUGGAGCGCGCGGGCGCGGGCGAGGCGGUCGGCGCGCGCCCCAUCGACGGCGUGCCCGAGCUGCGCGCGCAUCUCCGACAUCGGCCGGACUGGUUCGCCGACCAUCCCUGGUUCUAUAUCUACCCGCCGGGGCUGCGGAAGCUGCUGAACUGGAUCAAGGCACAGUACGGCGACCUGGAGAUCCAGAUCUUCGAGAACGGCCUGAUGCAGCGCGACAAGGGUCUCCACGAUCCGCUGCGAGUGCACGCCUACAAGGAUCACCUCGAACAGGUGCUGCUGGCGAUGGAGGACGGCGUGAACGUCACCGCCUACACCGCCUGGACCAUGCUCGACAACUUCGAGUGGACGGACGGAUACGAUUACAGUUUCGGCCUAUACCACGUGGACUUCAGCGACCCCUUGCGUCGCCGUACCCCGCGCUCCUCCGCCCGUUACUUCGCGCACGUCAUCCGGAACAGAACCCUCGACAUACCUGAGGACUACCGCCACUACGCCGCCGCCGCCGCCGGCCGCACUGCUGUGCUGCCCGCGUUACUGCUGAUUGUGAUGAUGAUACUGUGAUAUGGACUCGUUAUACUGUACCUGGUUCAGAUUGAAUUUAGUCUAAAGUCAAAAUAACAAAGCGCUUAUUGGCUUACUGUCGACACCGACUUGAAAGUCACUUAUUUACAGUGCAAUAUACUGAAAUGCAGAUAUGGCA